ACGAUUGCUCGUUCAGCGUUUGUCGAACGACCGGACUGGACGUUUGACAAAUUUGUAGAGUAUCUGGCUUCCGGAUGACACCAAAGCGUGCGAAUGUCUUGCUGUUCCACGCCUGUUGGCUCGUGGUGGCGUGUCUCUUCCAUGUCGGGGAUACUAAAAGUAAAAGAGUAAAAGUCAAGGUUGACAGUACAGUUUAUCAAGCACCUGUACAGAAAAGAAAAGGCGGGGCGUUCACAGUGAGAUGUACUGCUAACUCCUUUGUGAAUCCAAAGUUAGUCUGGCGCAGAGUUGACGGCAAGACGGCUCGUUUCAAGUCCGACAAUAACGAUACGGCCACGAAACGCAUAGACAUAACAGUCAAAGACUUUCAAUAUUCAGACGAAGGCGAGUAUAUGUGCGAGGUAUCAGGACAAUCACAAACAAGCAAGACCUGGACAUUGCAGUACACAUUUUCUGAGUUGGACAUCAGGGAAGGAAAGGAGCUUGUGAUCCCUUAUGGCUCUAACUCUAUUGCCAAUAGUUCGUGCGAGAUGCAUGAAGACUCAAAUUUGAUUGGUCUGUCUUGGAUGAAAGGAGAUGAACCUGUGAGGAGGGUCGCCUUGAACGAAUCGUCGCUUGGCGUAUACGUGAAAGACUAUGGAAACAAAUCAUUGCUCGUAUUCAAUGGUACUGAUGAACGAGACACAGGAGAGUACACGUGUGUGGGACGUGUGAUACCCGACGGUGCAUAUGACCGAGAUGUUAGACGCAAAACAAUCUACGUGCAGAUAGCAAGCCAGCCGUUUAACGUACCAUUCGAGUUUAUGUACCCGACGAAAAAGUGCUUCGACUGGAGAGACUUUAAAGAUGCAAUAUUCGGCGAACAACUGGAAAUUAUGUGCGGAGGAAAGAGGGAAUUUCAAAGGGGCGACGUGGAAGUCAACUGGUACUUCAAUGGCCGGAUAGUGGACGCUCUUCUCGACACAGAAGAUAUUCUUAAUAACAAUACAAAUUUGAGGGAGCCACGUCAGGCUGAAGCGGAAGGAGGAGAAUUGGGCGGUUCAAAGGGUGAGAAUAUAGGAUACUUUUGGAAGGUUCUGCUUUUGAGACGAAGCAUGAAUGCUUCUUGGAACGGUGUCUAUACGUGUACCGUUGCAGCGCCACGGUUGUACAAUGGAAACACGAGUGAGACACUCAUAUUUAACCAAACUUGUUUGGUACCUUCCUUCACGCCGUUCCAACCGACUUCACCCGCAAUGUCCAUCAGCAGCAAUUCCAAUUUUUCUGCCAAUGAUGCUACUCAACCGGUCGAUAAUACGAUCUCACCUUAUACACAAACAUCAGCGCAGUCCAUCACAACUCCCUCUAACCUUAUGAACUCACCAAGCGACCCCCCAAUUGUAGCAAUCAUCAUUCCAGUUAUACUCACUGGAGUCUUUCUCUUAACAAUCAUGGCCGUCUGGUUUCGACGUCAUCACCGUGCAAUUACAAACGACGCCUACCCACCCGUCAAACAAGGUUUUUACACGCCUCCACUCGUUUCAGAAUCGGAUUUGUCGGCGGGAUCUUCGUCUCUGCUGGAGAUGAAACAGUCACGUUUGCUAGAGCCAUUGACGCCGAGCAGAAGUAGGCUGGGAGUGCUGAAGUCCGACAGUCGUUGGGAAUUGCAUCGCUCCAUGCUGGAACUGAAGGAAGAAAUAGGGUGUGGUUUCUUUGGUGUCGUCCGUCGAGCUCUGUUGCGUGAUCCCGCCGGUAAUAAUAGACCAAUGACUGUGGCUGUGAAGAUGGUGGUAGGAGGAGAGCAAAACAGUCACAUUGCCUUAAAGGCACUAGAAACAGAAGCAAUGGUGAUGAAGAAGGUCAGCGGCCACAAGCAUCCACAUAUUGUCAACCUCGUUGGUCUCUGCACUCUACACGCUCCUCUGAUGGUUGUGGUGGAGUACGCAGAGAACGGAUCACUACUCGGUUAUCUCCGCGGUCGACGAGACUUGCAGAACGCCGUCGCCUCUACAACGUCGACGGAGAGCAACCAGUCGUACAAAUCAACCCUCUCCAAUUGUCUGGGAACAAUCAACAAGAUGCAGAUGAUCGACUAUGCCACACAGGUAGCGGACGGCAUGAAGUACUUAGCCUCGAAAGACUGUAUUCAUUGCGACUUGGCGGCGAGAAACGUGCUGGUGUGUAAGGACGAGCUACUGAAGGUUGCAGACUUUGGACUGGCGAAGGACAUUCAUUAUCUUAACGGUUACUACCAGAAGCAGACCACACAGGAGCUGAUGCCUGUCAAAUGGAUGGCUCCAGAGGCGAUUUCACACAAACGUUUCAGCGAGGCAAGCGACGUAUGGUCGUUUGGAGUAUUGCUGUGGGAAAUAGCAACUGCGGGUGGCACUCCAUACGCUACAGUACCGUUCAAGGAUCUCGUCCAUGAGCUGGAGCACGGCUAUCGUUUGUCUCGACCCCGUGGUUGCCCGCAGGAACUGUACGCACUGAUGAGCGACUGCUGGAAAUUCAAUAAUAGAGAGCGUCCCAACUUCUCGACUCUCACAGAUCGCAUCAAUAAGCUGCAGGAAGAAUUUAAAGUCUCGCCACGCGAGGCCAAGGAUGCGGCUGAUGUCGGCGAACAGGACGUUUGCUUGCAGGAGAGUGCAGAGGGCGACACUUUCGACGUCGAUAGCUCUGCUUCCGACAGCGCCAGUUCUUCUCUUAACAGCACCAUUGACGUCGACAUUGAGAAGAAAGAGGACUGAGCUCUCGUUUAGUUAGCGGAUAACGCGCAACAUAGAAAAAAGGCUUUUGCACUGCACAAGCUGCUAAGGAAGGUAGGCUGUAUUGUUGUUCUUUAUGUUGUGCAGUGGAGUUGUGCUUUAGUGUUACAGCAUCUUGUCCACAGAACAAAGUAGUUGCAAAUAGAAGGUACAGAUGAGGUAGACUGUAGAUUAUUGUUGCAAUACAAUCGCAAACUAAUCA